GUUAUGUUUACGUGAGGAUAUUUUGAUGCCAUACCAUACCAUCUCUGGGCAUUUCCAUUGUGUUUUGCAGUGAUAGUUGACACGUAGUCUGUGUAGCUCAGGCUCAUCCGUCCGCUUUUAGUGUGCUGGAAAUAUAGGACCCUCAUACCAUCUGCUGGUUCAUUUUUGCCAGUCAUUAAGCGGAAAAGCUGAUCACUCAGCAGCUCAGAGUGCGGAAGUAAAACUGUUUAUCCAAUUCGCUCAGGUCAUGGUUAAGUGGACGGAACUGGAGCGCAGCACUGUGAAAGCUAUCUGGGAAAAAAUUGAUAUCGAUGAGAUUGGGUCACAAAUUUGGGCAAGAGUCUUGAUAGUCUACCCCUGGACUGAGCGAUAUUUUGGUUCUUUUGGAGAUCUCUUCACCAUCACUGCUAUUUUGAAAAACGACAAAGUGGCGGCUCAUGGAAGGAUGGUGCUGAAGGCUCUGGACAAAGCAGUGAACAACAUGGACAACAUGAAACGGACGUAUGCUGAUCUGAGCCGGUUGCAUUUUCAGAAACUCGAAGUGGACCCUGAUAGCUUCAGGCUGUUGGCAGACUGUAUCACUAUCACAAUCGCAUGCAAAUUCAAGUCAGCCCUGAGCCCCCAGAGUCAAGCUAUCUGGCAGAAGUUUAUAUCUGCUGUGGUCGACGCUAUGAGCAGUCAGUACCGCUGAAAAAAACCUAUUUGGAGAUAAUACAACUUAAAGAAAAAAACAAAACAAAAAACGUGUGUUAGCCCUGAUAUAAGUUUGACAUGAGUGCAUUUCAGUUUGUUUUUUAUCAGUUGGAGCUUGAGUUUGGUGAGUCUCAUACUGAAGACAGUUACUAAAGACAAAACUGAAGUCAAAGAGACCCCAACACACACAAGCAGCAAGUGAAAGUAGUCUGACAGAGCUAAAGGAGGAAACAGCAUUUAGUGACUUUCAUGGGUUCCAGAUUUCAGACAGUUAAGAACUUGUCAUGGACUGAAAGUUGUUGUUUUUUUCCCCAACUCUGUGAAAAGUUAAUAAAACAUAAAAACUAUUUUUAUAGUUAACAUUAUGUCACAUUUUCAAAUUACUGUGAGCCUCUGAAUAUGGGGAACUGUAUUAAUGGCUAUAAUUCCUAAAAUUAAUACAGUACCUUUGGUAAACCACUUGAAA